UGUUGACAUAACUGUCACGUCAGCAUAGGCGCCACAUGUUGUCUUCCUAAUGGAAACGGAAACUGUGAGGCACAGGACAUUAACUCGUAGUUAAUUCUCACAUACCGAGUGACAUAUCAGUUUUUACGAGAAAACACUGUAUGCCUUUAUUGAUUAAUGUGACAGUGCCGCAGUAGUUCUCGUGAAUGAGGCCGAUUGAGAGUUACUUCGUUUUAGCCUAGCCUAGCUUAGCCUAGCCUUGAUGCUAAGGGGUAUUCACAACACGGAAGCUGUCUGGAGUUGUAACAGAAUGCUGCGUUUUAAACAAAACUGGAGCAGCUUUCAUAACAUGUUGAACAUCCCGAGCCAAUCGUUCCCUGCGCCCAGCUCCCAACAGAGGGUCUCCCCGUCCGCACAGUCGGGGAGGAACAAGGUGUCCCUGAAGCCAGGUCACAGUCUGAUGGACUGGAUCCGGUUUGCCAAAAGUGGAAAAGACUUGACAGGGCUGAGAGGGCGCCUCAUAGAAGUGACCCAGGAAGAGCUGCAGAAGCAUAACAAAAGAGAGGACUGCUGGACCUGCAUCCGAGGCAUGGUUUACAAUGUGACACCUUACAUGGACUACCAUCCUGGUGGAGAAGAGGAGCUGAUGAAGGCAGCAGGAAUAGACGGGACUGACCUUUUUGAUCAGGUCCAUCGAUGGGUCAAUUAUGAGUCCAUGUUAAAAGAGUGCCUGGUUGGACGAAUGACUACUAAGGCCGCAACAGCUAGUAAAGCCAUCAUCCUGCCUUCAUCACCAACAGGUCUUGCUCCACCUGCUGCAGGGCCUCCUCCACCAAACAAAGAUUCUCAGCCUCGGUACGACUGGUUUCAAACUGAUGCAACUGUUCAUCUGGCUGUUUAUACCAAAAGAAAGAUCCCCAGCUCAGGAUGUGUGACCGUUGACCUCAAAAUGGGAAUUCUUCGAUUGGAAGUUCUCCUUGGGAAACUGUCCUACAUGAUACACUUAGAUCUUGCUCAUGAAGUUGAGGAAAACGUUUCUGUUCAUACUGCUUUCUCUGUGGGAAAGAUCCAGGUCACCAUAAACAAAAAAACUAGAGGACAAUGGACAAGUCUUGGUCAACCGCUGGAAUUUCAUAACACAUUUCUAUGCAAAAAAAACAGAGGGCCCUUCUAUCGGGACUGUACACUGGUGUCUAAAAUGGAGGUGACUCAUAAUACACAUGUUUUCAGACUGCAGCUUCCUGGAGGGACAGUCAUGCAUGUGGCUGUUGGAAAACAUGUCUACCUCAAAGCUAUCAUUGAAGGUACUGAGAUAGUGAGGCCAUACACUCCAGUGGAUCAGAAUCUGGUUCCAGUUUCCUCACCUUCCUCACAUGAAUCAGACCUCUACCUCAUGAUUAAAAUCUAUCCCAAUGGAGUUUUCACCCCAUAUCUGAACAGCCUGCAGAUGGGUGAAAAUAUCUCCGUCAGUGGUCCAGAGGGUACCUUCAGCCUCCGCCUACUUCGUGAUGUCACACACCUCUAUCUGUUGGCAGGAGGCACAGGAUUCACGCCAAUGGUUCGCCUCAUCAGCCUGGCUCUACGAGAAGUUGACACAAUCAGGACAACAAAGCUGCUGUUUUUCAACAAACAGGAGGAAGACAUACUGUGGCGCUGCCAACUGGAUGAUCUGGCAGCUAAUGAUGAACGGUUUCAGGUGGAGCACAUCCUGUCUGAGCCCUCUGCCAGCUGGACCGGCAGGAAGGGUCGGGUGGAUGAGACCCUGCUGAACGACCUUCUUAUCAGGCCACAUGGAUCAAAAUGCUACGUUGGUGUGUGUGGGCCAUCUGCCUUCACAGAGCAAACAUUAGGAUUGUUGAAGCAGCUUUGCUUCAGUGAGGAGGAAUGCCACGCUUUCAAGGGCUGAUGAGCCCUUCUACCUGAAGAGACGGAGGACAAAAAGCCUUUUAUUUAAAGCUGUGUUAAUAAAAAGAAAUCAUGCAUUUCUAUGCACCAAAGACACAUGUCUGCAACCACCACAUGUGGUUGGCCAGUUCCACUAUGCCUGGCCAGUGGAACAUGGACACUUCUCAGGGAUGGAACACACUGACAUGAUAGGACAGACUGAAGGUUCCUGCAACAUAUGAAGAAAAACCAAUUCCUUCACAGCUGCUGAUUUUUCACCAGAUCUUCAAGUUACUCUUUGUGUUUACUGACUGGGGUUAGAUUUUUUUUGUCAAGUUUAUUUUGAGAAUUACUAUUUUAAUAAAAGUGAGUAUGCGCCAGUGAGAAGCUGCUCAGUUUGUGCAUUAUAAUAAAGUUAUAAAACAGUUUGAUCACCAUAAAAGUAAAACUUUGUGUCAGCUACAUUUGACACAAACUAUCAGUCAAAUAGAAUGGAGCUCUGGGUGACAUCCUCUUUGAAUAAUCAAAGCUUUAGAUGACACACCAUCAGCUAGAACUUUUAGAACGUUUAGUCUUCAGUGUGAACGCACCUUAUAAUAAAAGUUUCAGAACCAUUUGACAGGUUUUAUACUUAUUCCAAUAUGUAUCAGCAUGAGCUUGGUCGACCAUGUCCACCGUCAUUUAAAACGGAUGGGCAAGGGGAGUUACAGCAAAGUGGGAAAAACUGCUUGAUCUCAGCAAUGAACGUUCGAAUUGUACCGUUUGUAAUAAAACUUCUAAACUACA